AUGUUCUUGAAACGAUAUUUUCCAGCAUCUAAAGUUGGAAGCAUCAGGAAAGAGAUUUGCAGUAUAAGGCAAUAUACUAGGGAGUAUUUGUAUGAAUAUUGGGAGAGAUUUAAGUGUUUGUGUGCUAGUUUCCCUCACCAUCAAAUAAGUGAACAACUCCUAAUCCAAAACCUUUUUGAAGGAUUACAAUCACUGGAUAGGAGUAUGAUUGACACAACCAUUCGGGGUGGACUAGUUGAUAAGACUCCUGCUGCAGCCAGGAGCUUGAUUUCUAAUAUGGCUGCCAACUCACAACAAUUUGGUAUUCGUCAAGAUCCUAAUCAACCACCAAAGUCAGUUAAUGAGGUGAGCAAUUCAAACGAGAACCAGCUUGGUCAUCAAUUGACUCAAUUAACUGCAGUGAUGUACUAUGAAACUUUUUCACAAACAUAUAAUCAUGGCUGGCAUGAUCAUCCAAAUCUUUGUUAUGGGAAUCACCAACAAGCUGCUCCACAAUCUACACCUAUUAGACCGCAUGGUUUUUCUCUUCAACAUCAAUGUCAACAAAACUAUACACCUAGAACUAUGCAAGCACCACAAGCUGCUCAACCACCGAGUACAAAACCCUCUAUUGAAGAUUUAAUCAAUGCAAUUGCUACAAAUAUGCUUCAGUUUCAACAAACUACCCAAGCGUCCAUCAAAAGUUUGGAGAAUCAGGUGGGACAACUAGCAGCAUCAUAUAACAGGUUGGAAGCUCAUCUUUCCAAAGAGAGUGUAAGUGCGAUAACACUACAAAGUGGUAUACAAUAUGAACCACCCACAAAACCUUCAUCGCCAUCUCCAGUGCAAAAGAAAGUAGUAGAUAACUCCAUCCAUGAUGAACCAUCAAUGCAGAAAAAGUCACAUAAUCAAAUUAUGCCAACCUAUGUCCCUCGUCCGCCUUUUCCAAGUAGAAUGAAAAAGUUUAAGAAAGAGCAAACUGACAAGGAAAUUCUUGAGACUUUUUGCAAAGUUGAGGUAAACAUUCCAUUACUUAAUGCUAUUAAACAAGUGCCAUGUUAUGCUAAAUUUUUGAAGGAUUUGUGUACGAAUAAGAAUAAAUUGAAGGGUGAUAAAAAUAUAAGUGUGGGGGAGAACGUCUCUGCUGUUCUCCAAAAGAAGCUGCCACCAAAAUGCAAGGAUCCUGAAACCUUUACAAUUCCUUGUAUGAUUGGGAAUAAAAGGAUUGAGCAGUGUAUGAUGGAUUUGGGAGCAUAA